GCGACGAAUGUUUUAUUCCGUGGGAUUGCGAAUUUGGGAUUCCAUCGAUAGCUGCAUUCGGAGCAUACCUGAUAGCAUUACCUAUGCAUUAAACGUCAAAAGUCACGGGUCACAUAUAAUUGCAAGUUAAUUCGUUGCGCCCUGAAGUGCAAAUCCCGUGAAAAUGUCUCUAUCAAAGUUUCCAAAGUUUCAUAUGCCCGUAGAGAAAUUGGAUGUGCGCCAUGACACCAUUGUCAUUAAAAAUCUACUGAAGUCGGGGCGCAUCACGAAUUAUGAGCCCGACGUUUUGGAUAAGCUGCUGAUGACCGGUUACGAUUUGAUCAAGGACGAAUUGUUGAAGCGCAAGCACCGUGAGGAUAUAGCGGAGGCCGUCGGAAAUAUUGUCGAGCCUUUGUCUUUGGCUGAUGGCUCCAAAGAUACAGCCUUUAAUCCUGCCGAUCAUUUCAGAAAUCCGCUGGAGAUCGAGUUGCUUGGCGCGUCGUCAACUGUUCACUCCGAGGAUAUGGAUAAUUCAUUUCUAAGCUCUUCGGCCUUGAUUUCUGUCCAACCUUUGAACGUUCUGAAUGAGAGUGAAGAUCUGGGCACGCCUUCAGAUUCUGACUCCGAGGACACGGAUAGUUCAGGUUCAAGCUCUUCGGACUCGAAUUCUGACGAACUUUCGAGCUCUCCCGAAUCUGAUACGGACACAGAUCAAAGCUCUUCGACCUUGAAUUCUGACAAACUUUCGGGCUCUUCCGAAUCAGAUACGGAGACAGAUCCAAGCUCUUCGGCCUCGAGUUCUGACGAGCUUUCGGGCUCUUCCGAAUCAGAUACGGAGACAGAUCCAAGCUCUUCGGCCUCGAGUUCUGACGAGCUUUCGGGCUCUUCCGAAUCAGAUACGGAUACAGAUUCAAGCUCUUCGGCCUCGAAUUCUGACGAGCUUUCGGGCUCUUCCGAAUCAGAUACGGAGACAGAUACAAGCUCUUCGGCCUCGAAUUCUGACGAGCUUUCGGGCUCUUCCGAAUCAGAUACGGACACAGAUCAAAGCUCUUCGGCCUCGAAUUCUGACGAACUUUCGGGCUCUUCCGAGUCAGAUACGGACACAGAUCCAAGCCACACAGAAAGCCAGCCAGAAAUACUGGGAGAGCAUGAUGAUUUGACUGAAACCACGUCGGAGUCUGACUCUUCUUAGCUAAAACCUUAGAUGCUAUCGAUGCAAUUUGACCUUAACAUUGUUUUCCAAUAAAUGCAGGUUUAAGAUAAUCAAUAAAUUGAUGCCACAAAAAAAUAAAUAAAACUCUUAUAAGAAAUAAAGCAGCUUCACAACC